GUUUGAUCACAGCCAACUGGUGCGUGACGCUCCCAACCACUGGGAGGUUAUGUGUGUGGACUUGUUAGCCAGACAUGAACAAUUCCAACGCCACUUGGUACAUGGCCGUGCCAACCAUACAACAAAUCAUAUUGGACCGUCAUCUCAGCAAUCCAGAACCCGUUUACCCAAGGCUUCGGUUCAUUCGGAGCUGCAGUGCUGCCUUGGCGCCAUCCAUAUUGAUUCAGCAGGAAGAAGCGUUUGAGGCCCUUUUCUGGAGGUGUACGCAAUGAUAGAAGUGACCCUUUUGAUUGCUUGGAACACAUUUCCGGGAAAUCGGCCUCAUGUGGCCGGAUCCAUCAGGAAGCCCAUUGGUCAAGAGAUGGCAGUACUUGGUGAGAAUGGCAUCAUACAGGAGGCAGGUUCUACUGGCGACGUAUGCUUUAGAGGAUCAAAUGUGACUAAAGGGUACAAAAACCACCAUGAAGCCAAUAAAUCAGCCUCCGAAUUCAGGUGGUUACAAACUGGAGAUCUUGGAUACACUGGUUCUGAAGGGUAUUUACAUCUUGUCAGCAGGAUCAAAGAGAUCAACCGCGGAGGAGGGAAAAUAUCACCCAUUGAAGUGGAUGCUUGCUUGGUAUCCCAUCCAGAGAUUGCUCAAGCUGUUGCUUUUGGAGUCCCUGAUGAUAAGUAUGGCGAAGAGAUAAACUGUGCAAUCAUUGCAAAUGAAGGAGCAACCAUUGAUGAAGAG